AUGAACACUGUCAGAGGACUGCGCGGCGCGACGACCGUGGACAGCAACACCAGGGACGCCAUUCUCGAGGCGACGCGUGAGCUGUUACAGGAACUUGUCGAGGCGAACGACGUGAGCGCCGAUGAUAUCGCCGCCGUCACGUUCAGCACCACCAGAGACCUUGACGCCGAGUUUCCCGCCGUUGCUGCCCGGGUAGACCUGCGGCUGACGAAGUAG